UGUCAUUCUGACAGCUGUUCGGUUGUAUAUAUAUAUUUGUACGCAUUGUGUUUUCCUUUUACGUUUGUUUUCCGUGGAAAUUGUCCGUAUUUCUCACAGCACACAAAUGUACAAACAAUUCGCCGGACUUUUGGAGGCAUCUACGAAAAUUAAAACCUUUUUGUCAUUAAUUGGCAACCGGAGCCCGUAAUUUAGCCGCUCCGGGAUACGGAAUCCACCUCGUUCUCCGCGUUCUCCUGCUCCUCCUCCCCCGAUUCGGUUACGGAACCAAUAUUAUUACCGUUAAUUAUAGCCACAGCGGGGCGAGAGCAUAUAGAAAUCGCCAUAUAGAUGUUCAAAUUCGUGCUAAACGACGCCGCUAACUACGUGCGCUCUAAUGUGCGGGAUUUCAGUCUGAAUGCACUGCGAUUUCUCCCGCAACUGCCACAAUUGAGUCCAUACGAUGUUAACCUAGUUUUGAGGGAGAACGAGUUCGUCUACAACUUUCCCGUGGACGGAGUCAUCCGGAGCUAUGAAACGAAUCAGCUGGGAUCCAAUUCUCCCUGUGAGGAUUCCCGCACGGAGGCCAGUUUGCUGCACCGCAACGGCUUCAUCUGUGGCAUUUUCGACGGCCAUGCGGGAGCAGCCUGUGGCCAGGUGGUGUCCAAGCGGCUGCUUCGGUAUGUUUCAGCAGCCACUUUGCCUCGCCAGGUGCUCCGGGAACAGAUGAAGCAGGGCUGCAGCAGCCAGUCAUUCCUCAAAUGCCACAACGACAACGUGGACUUCGUCAGCGAGAUCAAGCCCAUCUACGAGGCCAGUUUCCUUAAAUAUAUCAAGCAGCUGACGGAGACGCCGCAGCGGGAUGUGUCCAGCGAACUGGUGCACGCCUUUCUCCAGCUCGACGAGGGUCUGUCCCAGGAGGCGUUGUCCAGCAGCGAUGUGCGGACCAUGAGCGUCGCACUAUCCGGAGCCGUUGCCUGUUUAGUGCACAUGGAGGGCCUGCAGCUGCACGUGGCCAGCACGGGUGACUGCGGCGCCGUGUUGGGCGUCCUCGAUCCGCAGACGCAGCAGUGGCAGCCAAAGAAGCUCAAUAUCGAGCAUAAUGCGGACAACAUGACGGAGGUGCGUCGCAUCCUGGCCGAACAUCCCAAGGAGGAGCAGGAGACGGUGAUCCGGAAUGGCAGACUGCUGAGCCAGCUGGCGCCAUUGCGUGCCUUCGGGGACUUCCGAUACAAGUGGUCCCUGGACAUAAUGCAGCAGAAGGUGCUGCCCAUGUUCGGCGAGCAGGCAAUGGCGCCAAAUUACUAUACGCCACCGUACCUAACCGCCCGCCCCGAUGUUCAGCAACACGAACUGGGGCCCAACGACAAGUUUCUAGUCAUCGCCAGUGACGGCCUGUGGGAUUUCCUCUCGCCCAGCGAGGUGGUCAGUCUGGUGGGGGAGCACAUUAACUCCAAAAAGAUCCUCGAACCGAUGCGCCUGCCCGAGGGCGACACAACGCUGCAGCAAAUCUCUGAACAGCUAGUCGAGCGCAAAGCUGGUCUCACCCGCAAGCCCGUGGACCAGAACGCGGCCACGCAUCUCAUCCGACAUGCUUUGGGCGCCACCGACUAUGGGAUUGAGCACUCCAAGAUCUCGUACUAUUUGACGCUGCCGAAGGACGUGGUACGUCUGUAUCGCGACGACAUCACUAUCACCGUCAUCUACUUCAACUCGGAGCACAUUGCCCAGCUGCACAGCGAGGCGGAGCAAUCGGGGGUCACUGCGCCGGUAGCGUGAUCUCCGUAAUCUUCGUGAGAAUAUGUGUAUAUUUAACGAGCCUAACCUUCAGCCUAACUAGCCUAAGUGUUGCGUUUAAGUUUGUUUCAUCCGCCAUCGGACCUCGGACGACUGCCGCGCCAAAUAAAUCCCACGGGGAAAGCGAAAAAUCACAUA